AUGCUCCUAGGCUUCAGCUCGGGUAUCCUCACGGGUUUUAUAUAUCAGCAACACAAGCAGAUUGGCGCGGGGCUGUCGCAGACGGAUGCGAGCCACCCCGCCUCGCGACUGGGCUUCGACGCGGCCCCUCCCGGCCCCACGGGCCAGCAGGGCGAGAUAACGAAGCAUGGGUUUCAAAUAGUCCGGCACGACUUCAGCAGCAGCAGCUUCAGCAACGGUGGCGGCAGCAGCGGCAGCAGCGGCGGCGCUGGGGGGAGCAGCGGGGCCAGCGGGAGCGGCAGCGGUGGCAGCCAAAGCACGGGCGGUGCCCCCCAAAGCAGCAGCGGCGACGGCAGCGGCGGCGCCGGCGCCGGCGCGAUCACCGUCGGCGGCCCCGCGGUCGCCGCCGGCGCCCCUGUGCGCACGAGCCGCUACAGCAACAGCAACAAGACUGCUCUCACGCGCUCCGACAUGAAGCGCAUCGGCGGGGCCCUGCAGGCCGCGGCGCGGCGGCACGGGGGCGACACCAUUCACACGCUCUUCACCAGCAAUGGGUCGCCCUACCAAAACAUCCAGGGCCGCAUCAUGUAUGCCAGCUACAAGCUUGUGCAGAAGAUGCCGGGGGGCGAGAAGCUGACGGGGUUCACGCGCAUCCUGCACCGCACCACGGAUGACGCCGUGGUCGGGGAGGUGGGUGGGGGGUUUUGA